AUGGAAGUGCAUCAUUCUUCCACCGAGGAAGAACUAGGACUUCUGUCCCAAAGAGGAGAUUUUGCAGAUUUCUUCAAUCAAUAUGAUGACCUCGCUAGCGAAACUGAGGUAACUGAGUCAGUUGAUGGAGAUAGCGUCCACCAUGAUCUCGAGAUCAAACAUGACAUAGAGAGCGGUGAUGGCUUUGAAGAAGAUCACAGUUUCGACGGGAGAGUUGGCUUUAGUAGCAUUUACACUCUAAGCACCAGCCGUGGUCCCGGUAGUGAGCCCGGUGGCGAUACCGGAACAAGUGGAGACCGUGAUGUCGAAGACGGAUCCAACACGACUCAAAGAUGGGGCAAGGGCGGACUAUGCCACCUAACACAAGAGAAGACAGAGCAAGCCGCGUCCGAAGAAGUCCAGCCGCAAACUAAGAAAAAUGCGCAGAACGAGACAAGCCGUACACAAAGCCAUAGUUCCAAAUCCAUCCCACCAGAAAAGAUUUCUGACUUCUCCCAAGACAAUGCCAAUGAUAUUAGCCUUCAUCUUCUGAGAACCAAGCCUCCCGAGAGAACACAGGAUUUUGAAGAUAUAAUCAGAGCACUGCAAAAAAGACCUAGUGUUAACUUUGAGGGCAAGAUACCAAAUACCUUGGGCAACGUCAAGAAGCGCGACCACCACCGCACUCCGAAGAAGAGCGCGUACAUCAUGGGAGCCACAUCAACUCCCGCCAAGAAGCGAGACCUUCCGGUCUCUGCUUCUGGCGAUGACGGAUCUCCCCAGAAGAAGCCCAAGGUCAUCGCAACAGUUGAGAAUGACAAGACUAAGGAUAGCGACGAUGAUGAUCAAUGGGAUAAUUAUUCUUGCGACUCAUCAGAUAACGAUCGUUUCUAUCAACGCGAUACACCACCCUCUGAUCGUGGCGAAGCUUCGACUGCCGCUGCCGCUGUCCCAACAAAGUCCUCAGCGAAGAAGCCGAAAGUAUCGAAGAAGAAGGGUCGUCAAGCUGAAUACAAGCCCGUUCCUGGUGAGAGUACUACGCCGGCCGCGGCCCGCAAGAACAUGCUUGACCGAUACAACACAUUGGAUAGAAAUGCCAAGUUUACAGCAUUACACAACGCUAUCCUCAAGCACGUCAAGAGCCCCGAGGAAAAGCAAGAGAUAGCCAGCUCGGCGUGCGAGAUCUGGCACAAGGUCAUGGAGGAUAACAUCAAGGACGACAAAAACCCGGAAGAGAUGGCCAUGUACCACCAGGCGUCCAUGAAACCUCCUGAUUACGCCUUCGACAAGGAUUGUAAGAUACAAAAACGUUCUCAAAAUGACCACCAACUUACUAACGUAACUAGUUUACCGCAAAGCCAGAAUGUAACUGGUGUGGAUGUGAAUGAAUGGAGAAAAGGGUUGCCCUUUUAUGAUGCUGAGCACACGACGGGAGGAGGAAAUACAGAAGGCGGAACGACGAUAGUGGGAAAGCACAAGUUUGAGUACCCUAUCUACAUAGCAGAGAAUGCACAGAACCUUGCGCGCAAGGAUGAUAUCCGCGACUACGCUACACAAUUCCCAGAGUCCUUCACGGACCGUGAACAAGCCAACGCAAAGCUCCUAGAGCUCACCCAGUAUGAAAACUUCGAAGGUAACGUCGCCGCCGUAACUCGUAGAAACAUCUUUGAAUACACGCCGCUUAAACUACUUAAGGCCGAGCUCACGCUGGCUACCGGCGAGGAGCGCGUCUUCUGGGUAGACAGACAUCUCGUAGAACUAAAGAACCUAACUAAACGGCAGCAGAGCUCGAAGAAAUGGUCUGCCAAGCGGCCGGCGCUCCCGCAUUUCAUCGUAGAAUGCGAGUUCAUGACCCGUAGCACGAGCGAAACCCCUCAACAACUACCCCAUGACGAUGACAGCGAUGUGGAAGGCGAAAUUCAAAUGUCUAACGAAGUAGUCGGCACACAAACCGGUGAACUAGAGCUCGAGAGAUUACCCCUCACUACAUUCACGGAUAGGAAACUAGCCAACGAUCACGCCGGGGCGCUGUUUCUAAGACACUCGGCCGUUCGCGAGGAGAUCCGCACGCCGCUAGACGACUUCUGGUGGGUGAACAACGCGGUUCCAGUGCAUAGAGAAGCGGAAAAGAAGGCUGAAGAACGAGAUGGGCGGUAUGUCGCAGAGUUAUACUCGAUGGAUAUGGACACGCGGCUGGGGUUCGACUGGAUGAGGGUUGCCGUUUACGCCGUGGACGAUGUAAUCGGGCCCCUAAACAUCUAG